GCAGCGCCGCCGCCCGCGCUGCGGGGCCUGCGCUGCCGCGGGGCCGGGCAUUGUGUGCGCGCCGCGCCCGCCGCCGCCGCUCCGCACCUCCGGCGUCUCCGCGCCCGGCGGCGCUCCGGCGAGCGAGAGCCUUUGUCUCUCGGGGAGUCGGGCUGCGCUGCCCGCCGCCUCUGCACCUGAAGUCGUAAAUCCGCCGCCGGUGACACGGCCGGGGCGGCCGCCGAGGUGCCGGGGAUGCCCCGGGACGCCAACUUCGGGCGGGGGAGGAACCGGCGCCGGGGCAGCGGCUGCGGGAGGGCGCCCGCCCGGGCAGCGCCGGUGGAAACGGGAGGGCGGAAUGCCCGCAUGGGAAGAACUGUGCAAGUUUUCCGUCUGUGGCUUUUGCAAACUUGUUACCAGGGCUCCCCCCGCCCCCCUCCGCAGUGGAAAUAAUGAAAGGAGAAGAAAAACAACGCGGCAGUUAAUUGUGAAUUUUUAACUACAUUCGCUGUUGCAGUUCCACAAGGCCCUUAUUUAUUCAAAAAUAGGCCAGUGAUGCCGGUUUCGCAGUCACAUGUGUGCUUUAGCAGAACAAUUAUAUCCACUUCGGAGAAACUUGUUGCCAUUGUAAAAUGGUUUUACGUUGUAACCUUUAUGUCUGACAGUUUUAGCCACUCUGACAGCAGAAUUGUAGUGGGAGAGGUUUUACAGCAAAAGAAAAGGCCUACCUUGCUGUUUCUUUGCUAUUCCUUCCUUCAUGAGAGCUGGCUGCUGUCAGUAGCCCAGGAGGUUACCAUAGCGAACAUCUCCGUAAGGCAGAAUAUAAGGUGCAUCGUGCAAAAGUCAUGCGGGAGAAGAUGAUAGCCCAUCUUGUAACUUCAGAAAUAAUGUUGUUUUGCAACUUACUUAAGGUUUAGGAUGUAUGUGAACUGGUCAGAAACAUCUGGUUUGUAAGAGGAAAAGUUGUUAAUGGGGAAUAGUAUUGUUCUUAGUGGAGCAGGGGCUGUAACUUGUAGUGUCUACGGUACUUGGCAGCAUAGUAUCCCAAUCUGGUUAAGGUCUGUGAUUGCUGUUUCAAAAUAGCCAGCUUUUGGGGCAAAGUAAGUCAAUGUCAAGAUGAAAAUAUAUCAUUAACUGUUACCAUAGGCUUCCUGUGUAGUAGGUAUUACUGACAUGGAUUUAACAAUUAAAAAGAGUAAAAAAGCAUCCACCUAUCUCAAAGAUCAACUCUAGAAAGAUUUAGUGGGCAUCCUGCCUUCAGGUCAGCCAUUUCCUCUUUUACUUUUGGCUUGUGAAUUAGUACUGUGAUUGAAGGAUGAGAAUGAAAUCUAGUUCUUCCCAGAACCUGUGUUAGUGGGAAAAUGGGAAGAUGCUUCUGGACACAACAGACAACCAAAUAAAACGGAUAGAUCUCACUUUGCCUUUCUUUACUUAAGAUAUAGCAUGAAGUGUUGGGAGAAUGGCUUUGUGUAUGUUUGGUGUACAUCUCUGCUGGGCAGUUACACUGCAAGACUUAUGCAUCUGGUUAUGUUAAAGCUGGCAUGCACGUUGUCCACUGGAGACAGCAGUGCAAGAUAGAUAGCUGAGAAACAGUGGCAGAUCUUAGCAGUUAUUGAUCUGUACCGUUUUUCCUUUGCAGUUUUUUUCCCUCUCUACUAUUAAUUUGCUGGUAUUGAAUUGUCUUAUCUGAGUCUUAAACCUGGCAAAUCUCCUGAGCAAUUGCUGUGUGGAAAAGAAAGGAUCGCUUCUUGAAUGUCCUGGCUGCCACUGGGACUGAAGGUGGGAGGCAACUCAUGACCACCAAAGUGUGACCUCCUCGGAUUCCCCUGCUUCUGGCUGCUGGAAAUAACCCCUGGGCUGCUGUGGAGAUGAAUGGAGAACAGCAAGGUGAUGCAGAUGCUGGUUCCAGUGUGGAAGAAAUGGAAUUCAAUUGGGAUGAGUAUCUAGAAGACACAGGAGCAACUGCAGCCCCCCACGGAUCUUUUAAACAUGUGGAUACAAGUUUGCAGAACGGUUUUGCUCCUGGUAUGAAGCUGGAGGUUGCUGUCAAGUCUGACCAGAACACCUACUGGGUAGCCACCAUCAUUACUACCUGUGGGCAGCUGCUCCUGUUGCGCUACGAUGGUUAUGGGGAAGACCGCAAGGCUGACUUUUGGUGUGAUAUCAUGACAGCCGAUUUACACCCCAUCGGCUGGUGUGAGCAGAACAAGAAGAUUCUCAAAGUGCCUGAAGGUAUCAAGGACAAGAUACCUGACCAGGAGGAAUUCCUCCAGCGGGUGCUGAAGGGAGCCUGCAGUGCUCCUGCCAACCUGCUGGAGGGGCUUCACAGAGGGAAAAAUCCAUUGGAUCUAAUUGCACCAGGCUCCCGACUAGAACUGCAAAACACCCGGGAUUCCCUGGCAGCCUGGAUAGUCAAUGUGGUCGAAAAUGUUGGUGGGAGACUUAAAUUGCGAUAUGAAGGUCUGGAGGAUUCUGACAAAUUUGACCAAUGGAUAUUCUACUUGGACCCUUUUCUUCAUCAAGUGGGGUGGGCAGCUCAGCAUGGAUAUAGCCUGCAACCACCUCUAGCUAUUAGGUCCUUGAAGAGUGAAGCAGAUUGGCAAGUGAUCCUGAAGAAGGUGAAAGAGGAGGAAGAGGAGUCAUCAGUUCCUACAGACCUCUUUAAAGAUAAACCCGUGAUUGGAGUGCAUGCGUUCUCUGAAGGCAUGAAGUUAGAAGCCGUGGACCCAAUGGCUCCUUUUGUAAUAUCUCCUGCUACAGUUGUCAAGGUGUUCAAUGAGAAAUAUUUCAUGAUAGAAAUUGAUGACUUGAGAGCAGAGCGUACAACCAGCCGCUCUUACAUUUGUCAUGUCAACAGUGCUGGUAUCUUCCCCGUGCAGUGGAGUCUGAAGAAUGGUUUGCACCUCAGCCCCCCGCCAGGUUAUCCUGGGCAGGACUUCGACUGGGCAGACUACCUCAAACAAUGUGGUGCUGAGGCAGCUCCCCAGAGCUGCUUCCCUUCGUUAACUUCUGACCACGGAUUUAAGGAAAAUAUGAAACUUGAGGCUGUGAACCCAGUUGAUCCUGAAGAAGUUUGCAUUGCUACAGUCACCAAGUUGAGAGAUUCCUACCUCUGGCUUCAGCUGGAGGGCUCCAAGAAGCCCAUCCCUGACUGUAUAGUGAGCGUGGAAUCAAUGAAUAUAUUUCCAGUGGGUUGGUGUGAGACGAAUGGAUAUCAGCUCAGACCUCCUCGCAAAGCAAUAGUAAACAAACAGAAAAAAAUUGCAGUAGUUCAACCAGAGAAACAAAUUUUGUCUUCAAGGACAGUUCAUGAUGGACUAAAGAACCAGGAACUGAACUCAUCUGACUCAGUGGUAAUUAAUGGGAAGUACUGCUGCCCAAAGAUCUACUUCAACCACCGGUGCUUCUCGGGGCCGUACCUGAACAAGGGCAGGAUCGCGGAGCUUCCUCAGUCCGUGGGACCCGGGAACUGCGUUCUUGUUCUGAAAGAGGUUCUCACUUUGUUGAUCAAUGCAGCAUACAAACCAAGCCGUGUCCUGCGAGAGCUGCAGCUGGAUGAAGAGGCUGCGUGGCACGGGCAUGGAGAGACCCUAAAAGCCAAGUACAAAGGGAAGAGCUACCGUGCGACUGUGGAAGUUGUGAGGACGGCAGAUCGGGUGGCAGAUUUCUGUAGAAAAACAUGCAUCAAGCUGGAAUGUUGUCCAAACCUCUUUGGCCCUCAGAUGGUGCUGGAUAAAUGUUCAGAGAAUUGCUCUGUCCUGACAAAGACCAAGUACACACACUAUUAUGGAAAGCGGAAAAACAAGCGCAUAGGUAGGCCUCCGGGUGGCCACAGUAACCUGGAAGUAGCCAUGAAGAAGCCAAAUAAAAGACGGAAGAGACGAAAACAUUUUUUUGUUCAUAAGAAAAAACGUUCUUCUGCUUCAGUGGAUAACACUCCAGCUGGAUCUCCCCAGGGCAGUGGAGGAGAAGAGGACGAUGACCAGGAUGAGGUAGAUGAAGAAUCUCUGACGGAGGAUAGUACCUCAGAGCACCAAGAUGAGCUGCUUGAGGAAUCAGAGGUAUCAGAGAAGAAAUCGCUGUCAUCCUCUCCUACGCAGAGUGAACUGUCUCAUUCCCUGGCUCAGGACCGAGACAAGCGGAAGAGGAAGCUCAGGACCUUUUCCUUUUCUGAUGAUGAAAAUAAACCUCCUUCACCAAAGGACAUAAAGAUGGAAGUUGCUGAAAAGCUGCAGCUGGACAGUAACCCUCUGGAGUGGAGCGUGGCUGACGUCGUGCGGUUCCUCAAAUCCACUGACUGUGCACCACUGGCGAGGAUUUUCCUUGAUCAGGAGAUCGAUGGCCAGGCGCUGCUGCUGCUGACCCUGCCCACCGUUCAGGAGUGCAUGGACUUGAAGCUUGGGCCAGCUAUUAAACUUUGCCAUCACAUCGAGAGGGUCAAACUUGCCUUUUACCAGCAGUUUGCUAACUGAGGAGCAGCCAAAUUGAAGUGGACCUUUGAAGCACAACUACAUAAACACGCUCCUUUCUCUCUAGCAAGGAAAGCCAAAUGAAGUUAAACUGGGGCCCUGGUGACCUAAGAGCAUCUGUCAGCCUCCGUUUUUCACUUUGACAAAAAGAAGACAACAUCUGGAGCAAAAUGCCAAUGCAAACAUAAGGGGCUACUCUACCAGCUGCCAGCUCGGGAACACAAUAGUCUCUUGCUCUAUGGUUCCCUUUUUUUAACGUGUUUUUUAAUGAUUAAAGUCUCCUCUGGUGGGAAAUGACAUUUCAAUAGUUCUGUUGGCACGGAACUUUAAAAGGAGAAACGGAUCCUGUUUACGUUAGCAUGUAAGCUGCCAGAAAUAACCUUUCUCUGUUCCUGGUGAUUCACAGAAUCCCUUUCCCUCCCUGUGGAUGAACACUUGCUUUACCACAGCACUGGCUUUGGAAUGUGCUCUUUGCACAUUCGUGUGUUAAUGUUGAGUUUUUUAAUGAAUUUGUUCAUUGUUAGGACAACAAUGUGGCCAAGGGGUUCUGAAUGUACAGUAUAGCAGGAGUGUGGUUCCUUUUGGUUUAUUGUUUGUUUAUUUUGGGGUUUGUUUCAUUGUUGUUGGGUUUUUGUUUUGGUUUGGUUUUACUACCUCUGUAGCCUGAAUGGUAGAAGUGAUGAACUAAAAAGGGAGGGAACUACUUCUUCUGGACAGAUGGUCUGUAGCUGCACAGCAGUCUUUCUUCUCUAGGAUGUCAGGAGUGCCAACCAGUGUCAGCAUCCAGAGCUGCUGCUCCAGAGCUUUAGCGGAAACCUGUGUAGGUUUGACCUGGCUGUUUCGUUUUUCUCAGAUGUCAGAAAACUUAUUUAUUUUGCACUUCUCUUACAGACAGGCUGUAGGAAAAAAAAAGAAAAA